AUGUAUUUCAAUCGCGUACUGGCGUCUCCCGCGACGCCUAUCCUUCGCAGCAGUGGUACCCGUCGACUUUCUGCAAUUCGCGCUCAACUGAGCCCGCCACAAGUAUUUUUCAGCCCUCGGGUCUCUCAGAUUCGCAAAAUGUCGCUCCCAUCAAAGCAGAAGGCCAUCGUUAUCGAGGAGACCGGUGGUCCUGAAGUCCUCAAGGUCAAGACUGACCACCCCGUUCCUACCCCGCAGGAAGGUCAAGUGCUGGUGAAGAACAACAUCUCUGGCAUCAACUACAUCGACACCUAUUUCCGCACUGGCCUCUACCCCUCCCCGAAGCCGGAGGUCCUUGGUCGUGAGGGUGCCGGUACAAUUGUCGCUCUAGGCCCCGGACCAAACCCAUAUGGCUUCAAGGUCGGAGACCGUGUGGCCUGGCUCAGUACCGGAGGUUAUGCUGAGUACUCUGCUGUUCCUGCGGCCAAGACCGUCAAGAUCCCAGACGGCAUCUCAGAUGAGGACACCAUUGGUGCAUUCCUCAGUGGUUUGACUGUGCUGACGCUGGCCAAGGAGGCAUACCCUGUCCAGAAGGGAGACUGGGUGCUUCUCCACGCUGCAGCAGGAGGUGCUGGAUUCCUUAUGACACAAGUGCUGAAGUCGCUUGGUGCAAAGGUCAUCGGAACCGCUGGUGGUCCAGAGAAGGUCGAGCUGGUCAAGAGCCUCGGCGCAGACGUCGUCAUCGACUACAAGAGCGACGAGGGAAAGGACUGGGUCAAGAAGGUCAAGGAAGUGACUGGAGGUGAGGGUGCCACUGUCGUGUAUGACUCUGUCGGAAAGGACACCUGGGAAGGCAGCUUGGAUGCUGUCAAGAGAAAGGGAACUGUCAUCUAUUUCGGCAAUGCCAGUGGCCCUAUCCCUCCUAUCCCGAUCCCUCGUCUGUCCCCCAAGUGUGUCAAGAUCGGCCGUCCCACGCUGUUUGGAUACAUUGAAACGCGCGAAGAGUUCGAGUUCUACACCAACGAGCUGUUCAGUCUUCUCAAGUCUGGCCAGUUGAAGGUUAAGAUCCACAAGGUCUACCCCUUGGAGCAGGCUGAGCAGGCACAGAGGGACCUCGAAGGCAGAAAGACCACCGGAAAGUUGCUCCUGCGCCCAUGA